AUGCCCGUCAUCAGCGUAACCGCAGUCCUCCUAACUCUAGGCCUCUGGGCCCUAGCCGCUCCCGCACCGGUUCCCGCCCCGGCCUUCGUCGCCGCGGACGGCAUUAUCCCGGGCGAGUACAUUAUCUCCCUGAAACCGGGCCUCGCCCGCUCCCAAAUCGAGUCCCACCUCUCCCGCGCCGCCUCCGUGCACGCCCGCCGCCGGCGCGACACCACUCCCACAGGCGGCAUCAGCAAGACCUUUUCCAUCGGCGCCUUCAACGCCUACGCGGGCUCUUUUGACGAGGCCACGCUCGCCGAGAUCCUUAGCGGCGACGUCGAGGGCGCCGUGGCUUCUGUCGAGCCGAAUCGCCUCGUGGAGAUCGACGCCCUCGUCACGCAGGAUGCCGCGCCGUGGGGUUUGGCGAGUUUAUCGUCACUGAAUCAACUGUCGAGCUCGUCUGACGGUCAACCUUAUACCUACGAUGACUCUGCGGGCGAGGGCUCGUUUGCGUAUAUCGUCGACACGGGCGUGCAGGUGUACCACCCUGACUUCGCAGGCCACGCCGUGAAGGGAUACAGUUCGCAGCCUGACGAAGAUUUUGAUGACUUUGGCGGGCACGGCACGCACGUUGCUGGGACGGUUGGGUCCCAGACGUACGGGGUCGCGAAGAAGGCCACGGUUGUGGAUGUUAAAGUCCUUGCUGGUUUUGGCACCGGCAGCGUCGCAACGGUCCUCGACGGCUACAACUGGGCCGUCAACAACAUCACAGACACCCCCGGUCGCCUCGCCAAGUCCGUCAUCAGCAUGAGUCUCGGGUUCCCCGUAAGCACAACAGCCUCCGCCCUCGACGAGGCGGUCAACGCAGCCUACGACCUGGGUGUCCCGACCGUCGUGUCGGCCGGAAACCUGAACCAGGACGCCAGCCGGCGCUCGCCCGCGCGCGCGGCGCGCGCCUUCACGGUGGCGGCCGCGGACUGGAACCGGACCCGGGCGUCCUUUUCCAACUUUGGCAGCCUGGUCGAGGUGUUUGCGCCGGGCGUUGAGGUGCGCUCGCUCGGACUCGACAACGGCACGACGGUGUACUCGGGUACCUCGCAGGCUGUCCCGCACGUAACGGGUCUGAUUGCGUACCUGAGGGGCAAAGAGGAGGAUUUGUCUACCCCGGAUGAGGUGUUUACGAGGGUGAGGGAGCUUUCUGUCGAAGGUGUGGUUCGGGAUCCUCAGGGUACUGCCAAUCUGCUUGCUUUCAACGGUGUUGUUUCCUCCUAA